AAAAUCAAAGUGUUUUUUUUCAUGCGUUACAGUGUUAUGGAGAUUAAUCUUAAGUAUAGGCCCAUGUUCUUAUUUUAAGCGUACAUGGACGUGAUCGUGUGGGUUUUGCAAAUGUGCAGCACUGAAACGUUUGACAGCACACCACAGUAAAAUCAAUGGCUUCUUUGCCAUGGGUUUGAAGAAAGCACUUCAUUGUGUUGAAGUGUGCUAAAAAUAGUGCUUGCACAAAAGUUAGCUUAAAUUACUCACAACACACAGCUGUAGGAAAUAUAUUGGAUAUUGAACGACUGAGCUGUUGAAGUGACGAGUGACAUGUUAUGGUUCAGUCCACUACCUGGGUGUCUUUCAUUACAUUUAGAAUGGCAAUCCCAAUUGCAGUCCUGGACUGUGACCUGCUACUCCAUGGCCGUGGGCACAAAACUCUGGAUCGAUUUGACAUUGAAACAGUGUCAGAUGAGUUCCUGUUGACCACAUUUGGUUUUCCACGUGAGUUUAUUUAUUACUUGGUGGACCUACUGAAAGAGAGCUUAUUAAGACGCACUCAGAGGUCACGAGCAAUCAGCCCAGAUGUUCAGAUCCUUGCAGCUCUGGGAUUUUACACCUCAGGCUCCUUCCAGAGCAAGAUGGGCGAUGCCAUUGGAAUCAGCCAGGCCUCCAUGAGUCGCUGUGUUUCGAAUGUCACUAAAGCUCUAAUUGAAAAGGCACCAGAGUUCAUUGGCUUCAACCGAGACGAGGUCGCCAAGCAGCAGUCUAAGGAAGAGUUCUACAGAGUGGCAGGUAUUCCAAACGUCAUAGGGGUUGUGGACUGUGCACACAUAGCCAUUAAGGCGCCUAAUGCUGAGGAUUCAUCUUAUGUCAAUAAGAAAGGCUUCCACUCCAUUAACUGCCAGCUGGUAUGUGAUGCCCGAGGGCUCCUGUUGAGCGCUGAGACACACUGGCCUGGCAGUUUAACGGACCGAGCUGUAUUUAACCAGUCCAGUGUGUGCAAGAUAUUUGAGGAACUGGUGAACCAUGAAGGCUGGCUGUUAGGAGAUAACCGCUACCCUCUGAGAAAGUGGCUGAUGACUCCGGUUCAAAAUCCUGAGACUCCAGCAGACUAUCGCUACAACCUGGCCCACACGGCCACGCAUGAAAUUGUGGACCGUACGUUUCGAGCUAUCCAGACACGCUUCAGAUGCCUGGAUGGAGCCAAAGGUUAUCUGCAGUAUGCACCUGAGAAAUGUUCUCGCAUAAUCCAGGCCUGCUGCGUGCUCCAUAAUGUCUCACUGCAGACAGGACUGGAUGCUUGGACUUUCGAGAGAACUGAAGCCACAGACCAGUCCGAGGAAGAUAGCGAUCUGACAGAAAAAGUGGACUUGGAGGCAGUAAGAGUCCGAAGGGAACUGAUCCAGAAUCACUUUAGCUAGAAUGGAGCUGGAAAGACAUUCCCAUGGAGUGGAUUUGGCUUCUUAAGAUGGACUGAUAAUUGUUUCUUUGUUAGAGUACGUCUCUGUGAAAGUGCAUAGAUUAAGACUAACCAUAAGUCUGUGAGUCAUCCAGUGCACUGUAAUCGUUUGAUGUUACCUGGAGCAUAUUAAUUAUCUAAAUAUGUUAUAUCCCCUCUGGACUCACAUACACAAAUAUGAUUAAAGAAGACAAGUUUGUCACAUUCUUUUCAGGAUUUAACUUUAA